CUGUUAUUGCAAAGGAAUGUCAAUGGCGGAUCUGACACUGUCAUUACCGAACAAGAAGAGUAAACUCAAACUGAAACAGAAAGUCCGAAACUUUUAAGAUGACAGUGACAGAUUUCAAAGUGGUGCUAGAGACAUUGACAUUCCCUGCUGGUUCAGCUCCCUUCAAGAGUUGUCAUGCAUCUACCAUCGUUGAGGUUGAAGAAGAUCACUUUUUGGCUGCUUAUUUCGGAGGUACGUAUGAAGGAGCAUCUGAUGUCAAAAUCUGGUUGCAGCAUUUCAAGGAUGGUCAGUGGGAAUCACCGGUUAUUGUAGAUGAAGAGCCAGGCGUUCCAAUGUGGAACCCUGUCUUGUUCAAGCUUCCUUCGCAAGAGCUCUUAUUGUUCUACAAAAUCGGCCAGGAGGUUCAAAAAUGGAGCGGUUGCAUGAAACGAUCAUAUGACAAAGGUAGAACCUGGACCAACAGAGAACAGCUUCCUCCAGGGAUUCUCGGACCCAUUAAAAACAAGCCUAUUCUGCUUGAAGACGGGACUCUCCUAUGUGGAUCAUCCGUUGAAAGCUGGAACUCAUGGGGAGCGUGGAUGGAGGUCACUUCAGAUGCAGGUAGAUCAUGGAGAAAGCAUGGCCCUAUAUACAUUCAAGGAAAGAGUCUUAGCGUGAUCCAACCGGUUCCAUACCAAACCGCAACUGGGACAUUACGUGUUCUGCUCAGAUCAUUUACCGGCAUUGACAGAGUCUGUAUCUCAGAGUCUUCUGAUGGUGGUGAGAAUUGGAGUUUCGCAACAACGACUGUUCUCCCAAACCCUAAUUCAGGUAUUGAUGGAGUCAAGCUAAAGGAUGGUAGGCUAGUGCUUGCUUACAACACCGUAUCAAGAGGUGUGCUCAAAGUAGGUGUUUCUUUAGACGAUGGUGAUUCUUGGACCGAUGUUUUAACGUUGGAGGAUACUCCGGGAAUGGAGUUUUCGUAUCCGGCGGUUAUACAAGCCGGAGACGGGGAUGUCCACGUCACUUAUACGUAUAACAGGACACAGAUUAAGCAUGUAGUGCUCAAGAGUGCGACAGAUAUUGAUUCAAGCUAUACCGGAAACACUGAGAAGAUGGUGGAGGACUCGUGGGUUUGGAAUACAUGAGAUUUCAGCUCGUGAGUUGAUCAUUUGUUGGCAGCCUGUAAACAUGUAAUUAAAGUUUAGAGAUCUAGAGUUUAGCAAUUCAGGCGUCAGGUCUCUCUUCCCCAACGGCGAUGGAAUAAAAAAAAUGUUACUAGGAUCGUCCAUAUACUUCCUCGACUCUUCCCAUCAACUAGUUGCAUGUGUGAUAAUUUUCCAAAUUGACAAGAGAUCAUCUUUUUUU